AUGGCAAGCAACGGUCAAUCUAACGAUGCGCCGUACUCGCCCGUUCUCGAGACGAGUCGGAUUUUCUCCAAUCUGUGCGAACAGGCUGAGCGUCUGAGUCUGCCUUCCGAGGUGCUCGCCAACAAGGACCGCGUGGCAUUCUCUUCCAGUCACAAUGAAAUUUACUUCCCUAUUCCGUUCAAAGAGACCGAGACUCUGGCCGCCUUGAAGGGUAUCGAGGGCUCGGUUGCGGCUGCAUUGGCGGAUCUGCGCUUCGGACGCGGUGCGCAACCCCGUGGUGUCCAGGUUAGCCUGGAGGGCGCGACAGCUUUCGGAUGCCAGGCGUAUAUGGCCAAGGUGGAUGGACUGUCGAAACUGGAUCCGAAUGUGAAGUCUAAACUGAAAGAUACGGAUCUUUUGGCUGCGCAGUCCAAUGGAUACCGUCGCAUGUCGGCUAAUUUGUACAAGACCAAGAAUCCGGGUGAAUAUUACCAUAUUCACGGUUCUUUGGAGGCUACUACGACGCUGAACAUGAUUGGAUUGGAGGGUCAUCGUCCUGAUCUGACAGAAUAUGAGGAUGUUAUCAAGGUUAUUGAGAGCCAUGUGCAGAAGUACACCGUGGCAGAGCUGGAGGAGAUGAACAAGGAACGACGACAGGCUGGUGUGCCUGCUCUAAAGCAUGAAGACUUCAUCAAGACUCCUCACGGAAAGCUGAACGUCCAAGAACCCGCAUGGAAGGUCACCCAGCUCCCAGGCAACGUACCCCCAACUCCAUUCCCCGCCAACCGCACCGGCAGCACCAAAAUCCUCGAAGGCGUCAAAGUCCUAGAAUUGUGCCGCAUUAUCGCAGGCCCAACCGUCGCGCGCAUCCUGGCCGAGUACGGCGCCGACGUCCUGAAAGUGACUAGCCCAAACCUGUCUGACGUCCCUUUCUUCCAGGUCGACGGCAACAUGGGCAAGCACGCCGCAGACCUAGACCUGAAGACCGAGGCCGGACGACAGGAAUUCGAGAAACUGCUCGAUGAAGUAGACGUCAUCGUCGACGGAUACCGCCCCGGUGCUCUGGAGAAACUCGGAUACGGCCCUCAGGCUAUGGCUGCUCUCGCUGAAAAGCGUGGUAAGGGUAUUGUCUACGUGAACGAGAACUGCUUCGGAUACGAGGGCGAAUGGGCUGGACGUGCCGGAUGGCAGCAGAUCGCCGACUGUGUCACGGGCAUUGCCUGGGCCCAAGGACAAUUCAUGGGUCUAAGCAACCCCGUUGUCCCCCCAUUUCCCAUCUCCGACUACGGCACAGGCUGCAUGGGCGCCAUCGCCGCCCUAUCAGGCCUCUACCACCGAGCCAAAACAGGCGGUUCCUAUCACGGCAAGGCCUCACUGAUGCACUACGACCUCCUCCUCUUCGCGGUAGGCCAAUACUCUGUUGAAGUCCAGGAGCAGCUGCGUGCGGCGCAGCCAGCCGAGUUCUUUAAGCUUCGUCAUUGCGAUAGCGUGGAUCGAAUCUCGUCGACCGUUCUCAAGGGCAUGCAGGCUCGUUUCCCGCAUCUUUAUGCACCUGCUGGCGUGGGCUCUGGGGAGGGUCGCCCUGCUUUGACGGAAAAGUGGUUCUCCAAAGCUUAUAAUGCUGAUGUUGAGGUUGUGCGGCCUGUGGCUGUUGUUGAGGGGGUGGAUAAUAAGUUUGUUCGGGCCAGUCGGCCUAAUGGGAUAGACAAGGCUACUUGGGAGGAUUUUAAGGUUGACGGGUUGGGUGAGGGGGACGUGAGGAAGUGCUGA